CGCAUUACGCGUCGUUUGACGACCAGCUGAGUUUAUAAUGUCGGUCGACCUCACUAGUACUAGUGGCCGAACUAUCCUUGCCUUCAAGGCUGGUCGUGCUUUUCGACGCGCUGGAACCAACUUCGUCGAUGCCUCUGUUGGAAUCCGAGAGAUCCGAGACGAGGAACACUGACAGAUCCAAUACAGGAACGGACAAUGAGUGAGAGGUACGAGCACAAGUCAAAAUGGACAAGGGCGAGCGACGCAGUGAGGUCGGCUCGCGUCCUGCAAAUAUUCAUGUUUCUCUUUUAUAUAUUCAGUCGUCAACGUACUUACUACAAAAAGCGCCAGUAGUAGCGCAUGGACAUCUCAGUUCUUUUCAAGACACUGAGAUAUUUUACUUGUCCUUAUAGACUCCUCGUCCCUCCCGCUCUUAAAGAUAUUAUCACCGCAGCCUCCCCCACCAAAGGCGCGAUUAUCUUGACCAAUGAGGACGGCCUCAUACACUUCAUGUGGAAAGACCGAAUGACAGGGGAAGUGGGCGAGGAUCUAAUCUUGUUUCCUGGCGAUGCAAAGUCGGAAAAGGUUGCGCAAAGUAGCUGGGGCACGAACUAUGUCCUCAAAUUCGGCGAGAGCUCCGACCAAAAGCAUUUCUUCUGGCUGCAGGACUCGUCAACACGCCGUGAUGAGGAAUUCGUGACGAAUUUGAACAGAACCCUCGCUGAUCCCAACAUUAUCGCUAUCUGGGAUAUGCGCAACGUUUACCCAGCGUCGGAAGUCUCUACAUUCGCUGCUGGUACAUCCACUCCUCAACCCUCGACAGUGAUAUUGCAUGCUACAAUUUGGAGCAAGCACGUGGAGAUGCUAGUCACAACUUCAUAACGAUUGUCAUGCGCGAGCUUGAUACGGACUUCAACAGUGCCACACUGGCCCACGUUAUGGGUGGCGGAUCUCCAUAUGGAAAACCAGAAAAAGUUCUUGGAGGCGAUGGCAGCCGUUCCAAAAUGGGGAGAGCCCAUUGACUCGCAGGAUGAAAGAGUA